GAAAAUGGCAGUUUUGUAUUUAUUUACAAAAAUAAAUAAUCAUGACUCAGGAGUGGCAUGAGACAUCAGGCAGCUGUGAGCUAUUAGGUGCUAUACCAACUAUGGAGAAUGACCCGCCUACUGAUCUCAAACCUGAACACCAACCACUCCCUCCUGUAAAUAGCGCUUCAACAUUACCUAAUCAGAAUGGCCUUGAGAAACACAACAGUGAGACAUCCUCUACCAACCCCCAGCCUCCUGAGAACGAAACAAGUGCUGAGCCUGAAACAACAGUUUGUGACAUAUCCGAAGAGCUGAGCCGACAGCUGGAGGACAUUAUUAAAACCUAUGGCUCUGCUGCUAGUCUAGUGGAAAAGGAGAGAGCUGCCAAAGGCACUGACAAGCCUGAGAAGGGAGAAUCAUUCAAUAAUGAGGACGGAGAUUAUGAAGAUGCAAAUGACGAGAGCGAGAAAGAACAGAUAGCUACUGGGGAUGCUGCAGGAGCAAAGGAAUCCAGCAUCAAUAAGGAGCAAAAAUUGGAAAAGAAAAUCCUGAAAGGGCUAGGGAAGGAAGCCACACUGCUGAUGCAAAGCUUGAACAAGCUGACUACCCCAGAAGAGAAGCUGGACAUGUUGUUUAGGAAGUACGCUGAGAUGCUGGAAGAACAUCGUGCUGAGCAGAAAAAGCUGAAGUAUCUACAAAAGAGACAAGCACAGAUCAUCAAAGAGAAGGACCAGCUGCAGAGUGAGCACAGCAGAGCCAUCCUUGCCCGCAGCAAACUGGAGAGUCUCUGCCGGGAGCUCCAGAGACACAAUAAAACCCUCAAGGAAGAAACUCUUCAACGGGCCCGGGAGGAAGAUGAGAAGAGGAAAGAGAUCACAAAUCAUUUCCAGGGCACACUGAGUGAUAUCCAGACUCAGAUUGAGCAGCAAAGUGAAAGGAACAUGAAACUGUGCCAGGAGAACACAGAGCUGGCUGAGAAGCUGAAAAGCAUCAUUGAUCAGUAUGAACUCAGAGAGGAGCAACUUGAUAAAAUAUUUAAGCACAGAGAACUUCAGCAGAAACUGGUGGAUGCCAAGUUGGAGCAAUCACAGGAAAUGAUGAAAGAAGCCGAGGAGCGACAUGAACGAGAAAAGGAAUAUCUACUAACUCAAGCGGCAGAAUGGAAACUCCAGGCAAAAAUGUUGAAGGAACAAGAGACUGUACUCCAGGCUCAGCUCACCCUCUAUUCUGAAAGAUUUGAAGAAUUUCAGAAAACACUGACAAAAAGCAAUGAGGUGUUUGCCAGUUUCAAACAGGAGAUGGAGAAAAUGACAAAGAAGAUGAAGAAGUUGGAAAAGGAUACAGCUACAUGGAAAGCCAGGUUUGAAAACUGUAACAAAGCUCUAUUGGACAUGAUUGAUGAGAAAGCAAUGAGGGCUAAGGAGUAUGAGUGCUUCGUGCUGAAAAUCCAGAGGCUAGAGAAUCUUUGCAGAGCACUGCAGGAAGAGAGGAAUGAACUGUACACAAAAAUAAAAGAAGCCAAAUUCACUAACGAGGAAGAGGAGGAUGAGGAGGAUGGAAAUGAUGAUUCCUUAGGGAAAGGGGCUGAUGCACAUCCAUCCAUUACCAACCAGGAUACUGCAAAGCUGUCCAGUAUCGAUGAGAACAUAUUGAAGAAUCUAGCUGCAGCAUUCACGGUGACCCACCAUGUGCAGGAUCCCCUCACAGUCUCCAGAGAGAACAGCAAUCCAGAGCUGGCUGACCAUCAAGCAUGCAGCCCUCUUUGCCUCUCACAGCCAGAGCUUCCUUCUCAUCCCACUCCUCAGCCAGAGGCAGGGAGUCCCUCUGGGCGGCUGAGUCCUGCACUGAAGUCCACUGAAUGUGCACCAAAGGUUGAAAAAUGUGAAGGAGCCCCAGCAGAGCAGCCUCUUCAAAAUCAGCCCACACAACAAACAGUAAAUGAUGACAUGGAAGGAGUAGAUUAAACAUAACACUGGUUUCUGGCUCAACUUUCUACCAAUCAUAGCUCCAUUUUCUCCCUGAAAUAAUUUUCUGAAACAAACCAAAAAGCUUGAAAACAUGCUCAAACAUGUCACCUUUUCACCAACACCCCACAGUAUUAGCAGGGUACCUAUUUCGGCUGUCCCUCAUAUGUCCAAAGCACAAUUUUUUUUUAAUAUCAGCAAAAGUAUAACAUUUCAGGAUCUUUUUUCUAGGCAUCUCACCCAACAAAUUGUUCAGGUUUCAUGUUUUAAGAAUUGUUGCAGUGCAGAUACUCAUUUUUAAAGCUAUAUAAUUAAACACAUUAAUUUGGCUUGGUGUUGCACAAAACAUGCCCUGUGUUGAAACCAGGGGAGUUUAAUAAAUGAGGUGAUGAGGAUUUGUGAUCACAGCAGAGGCAUUGUUAGGGCAAGUUGGAGCCAUUCAGUACAACAAUGGCAUAUUUUUGCAAAAUUUACCUGCACAAAUCACUAACUUGUUAUUGGAAACGUUGUAUCUGAACACCCAUACACAACUCCAAACAUCUACCGCUAAUUGCCAUCUCUGUACAGUGCUAUGAUUAUGUCAUUGCUCUCAAAUGACACAUAAUGAAAGGGAAAAGUUCUUUGUGAGAGGCUUCAUAAUAUUGCUGUUUUAUUCUUUAGGAUUAAAUCCUGACUUUUAAGGAACAGCCCUGAGCAGGAGACACCAUGGAGAUGCCCUGCCUUGCCAGGAGAACCAGAGAUUGUGUCUCAGACAGGUAUACUUUCUCCCCAUAGUUCUCUCCAUGUGGUGCACAGAAUGCUCCACCACAGAUUGCUCCCAGAAGCAUACGCCCUUUUGCUUAAACUGGUGCAGACAGGAGAAGGACUUGGGCUAUGCUGCUUUCUCUUCAUUCCCUUUUCUGGUAUCCUGCUCCCCAGGGUAGAACAAAAGCAAACAGUCUCUGUGCUCCCCUGAGCACCAGGAAUGCAGAGCAUAGGAGAAGAAAGGUGGUUUGAACUCCCCAACCCAUCAGCAAGCCCACCCAAGUGCCCAUCUGGUCCUUACUAUGUUAGCCAGCUGGUUUUAGAGUGAUGAGCUGAUUUUAGAGUCAUGAGCAAAUGGUCCUAUGGGGGGGCGCUGAUAGGGCACCCAGAAGGGAAUGUCAGGUGUUUUAUUUGGCAGAGAAUCCUCAUCUUCCCUGCCCACUCAUAGCUAGAAUCCCUCUCUCAUCCCCAAACUGCAUUCUCUGUACUCAGUCCAGUGGGCAGGGAGUUCCAGUGGGCCCAUUUGUAUUCUACUCUGGUUUCAUUACUCUCUGUGGAUAUUAGCCGGCAGUUCCUGCAGGGAGCAAUGAGCACAGGCAUGUAGGCAGCACUGCUCAUGGAAUCCCAUGACACCUGUUGUAUCUAUGGCAAGGAGACCCUGGGUCACAGCUAUGUAGACUGUGUCAGGCUGUAGCCAUUCUGCCAGCUCCUUCGGAAUCUCUUUUUGAAGGUCUGGUUGCACUUUUCU